AUGUCGUAUAUGAAAGGCGGAUUUGUCCAUAGGAGGCAUGACGACGUGCGAGACCCGUUCACAUCCCUUCUCAAGGACGUAUGUCAUGAUGAGGUCAAGCCACACCUUCAGCCUUUGACAGGAGAAGUUUUAAUCAGCAGUGCCAACUCCUAUGAUGAGGCUUGUUUGGAUGUCAGCGCGCGCGCUUUUUGGCAAAGGGGGAAACGUGCAUUUUUGAUGUCAGGGUUUUUAACCUGUUUGCAAAGAGUCACCUUAACCAGAAAGUUGACACGGCUUUCUUGAGCGAUGAGAACGAGAAUAAGCGACACUACAACCAGCGAAUUAUUGAAGUCGAGCAUGGCUCCUUCAGCCCUCUCGUGUUCUCACCAUAUGGUGGAAACGGUAGAGAAGCCGAGAGAUUUCCUACAGAACUAGCUCAAAACCUAUCCGAUAAGAAGCAGAUGGAUNGAGGCAACAGAUUCGAUGUUGAUCAUGCAAUGUCGUAUAUGAAAGGCGGAUUUGUCCAUAGGAGGCAUGACGACGUGCGAGACCCGUUCACAUCCCUUCUCAAGGACGUAUGUCAUGAUGAGGUCAAGCCACACCUUCAGCCUUUGACAGGAGAAGUUUUAAUCAGCAGUGCCAACUCCUAUGAUGAGGCUUGUUUGGAUGUCAGCGCGCGCGCUUUUUGGCAAAGGGGGAAACGUGCAUUUUUGAUGUCAGGGUUUUUAACCUGUUUGCAAAGAGUCACCUUAACCAGAAAGUUGACACGGCUUUCUUGAGCGAUGAGAACGAGAAUAAGCGACACUACAACCAGCGAAUUAUUGAAGUCGAGCAUGGCUCCUUCAGCCCUCUCGUGUUCUCACCAUAUGGUGGAAACGGUAGAGAAGCCGAGAGAUUUCCUACAGAACUAGCU